AUGUCUUCCCCGCCGCCACCGGCACCUCCGCCGUCCGCAGUGGCGAGAGAACCAGAUCCACAUGCGGCGCAUUCCGACUACUCAACCGAUUAUGCCUCGGUCCGUAGGCAAGAGCCACUCGCCAUUAACCCAAAUGCAAACGCAACGUCCCAAGCACUGCGCCAACAGGCCUCUGCAGGUGCAAUUCUGAAGCGCGUACCGCCUCGGUCAUCGCUUGCACCACCGGCAGCCUCCCUUUCGGAUCUUCCUGGAGCGCCAGCGUUAGUCUACAAAUGUCCAAUUACGGGCUGCGAGCGAAUAUUCGCCACAAAGUUGGCACUGAAGCGGCAUUUUCAAGUGUAUCAGCACGAAGCUAUCUUUGACGGGCCUUUGGAGUCUGUAUUGGUGGUCAAUCCACCCCCAAUGAGCAGCGAAGGGUCAGAUGAACUUAUGUCGGCCACAAAUGCGGCAUUGCCAAAAUCUGCUUCGCCGCUAGCCAAAGUUCUGCCCAAGCUUUACAAAUGCCCCGUUCUGCAGUGUCUUGAGCGAUUCCCUACAGAAAACGAGCUUGCGGCACAUUGGCGCUACAUGCAUCCCACGCUUAAAGGCUCUCUCGGCGAGUGGAGCAAUUUGCUCUACGAGUUUGAUGGGAUUUCAUUGACACCCGUAGAGCAUCCGGCGACUUAUCUCAAGGAAAUUGAAGGUAGAAAUUCAAUGAUUUUAUCGAAGCAAACCCGGAUGCCAACGAAAUCUGGCAGUUCCACUCCAUUUUCCAGGUACUAG